CAUGGGUGGAUAAUGAAGGCGGGACUAGUUGUUCGAGUUUACUUCCGUAUUUUCUUGGAUUGGUGGGAGAUCGUCUGAUUGAGCAAUACUUGUAUGAGCAGAGCUGGGUAGAGCCUAUGCCGUCCUCUCAGCUGAUAGCAAACGACGCCUGUCAAGUCCAGCUCAAAAGCCUUCAAGUCUCUAAGUCUCCAUAGGACACAUCGACCGUCGACAAGACCUUUCAAUUUACUCCGAUACAAACUCAAGAGAAAAGGCUCCAAAAUGUCUCAGAAGAUCAAAGCUGGCUCUGUGGUCGAGAUGCAAGGAGAUGAAAUGACAAGAGUUAUAUGGGAACUAAUUAAGGAGAAACUCAUCUUCCCUUACCUGGAGCUCGACCUGCACAGCUAUGAUCUGGGAAUGGAGAACCGUGAUGCCACUGACGACAAGGUGACAGUAGAGGCGGCAGAGGCUGUGAGACACUACAACGUCGGCAUCAAGUGCGCCACCAUAACGCCUGACGAGAAGCGCGUGGAGGAGUUCAAGCUUAAGCGGAUGUGGCGCUCUCCCAACGGGACAAUCCGGAACAUCCUUGGUGGCACUGUGUUCAGAGAAGCUAUUAUCUGCAAAAACAUUCCCCGCUUGGUUCCAGGCUGGAUCAAGCCUAUUAUCAUCGGCAGGCACGCGCAUGGAGACCAAUACAAGGCCACAGAUUUUGUGGUGCCCGGUCCUGGAAAAGUAGAGAUGACAUACACACCCAAGAACGGAGGAGAGCCAGUCAAGUUUGUUGUCCAUGACUUUGAAGGUACUGGUGGAGUUGCCCUGGGGAUGUACAACACAGAUAAGUCCAUCCGCGACUUCGCUCACAGCUCUUUCCAGAUGGGGCUGACCAAAGGCUGGCCCAUGUACCUCAGCACUAAAAACACAAUUCUAAAAAAAUACGACGGGCGCUUCAAAGACAUCUUUCAGGAGAUCUAUGACAAAGAGUACAAACCUCAGUAUGAGGCCAAAGGCAUCUGGUAUGAACAUCGGUUAAUUGAUGACAUGGUGGCUCAGGCCAUGAAGUCUGAGGGAGGCUUUAUCUGGGCUUGCAAGAACUAUGAUGGAGAUGUGCAGUCAGACUCUGUAGCUCAGGGUUAUGGGUCAUUAGGAAUGAUGACCAGUGUGCUUGUGUGUCCGGACGGGCGUACGGUAGAAGCUGAGGCUGCCCACGGGACUGUCACACGGCACUUUCGUAUGCACCAGCAGGGCAAGGAGACCUCCACCAACCCCAUCGCAUCCAUCUUUGCAUGGACAAGAGGAUUGCUGCACCGGGCACAGCUGGAUAAGAACGGCGAGCUGAGAGUAUUUGCAGAGGCAUUGGAGGCUGUUUGUGUCGAAACCAUCGAAGCCGGUUUUAUGACUAAGGAUCUGGCCAUCUGCAUUAAGGGCAUGUCUGGCGUCACACGCGCAGACUACCUCAACACUUUUGAGUUUCUGGACAAACUGGCUGAGAAUCUGAAGAUCAAGUUGUCAAGCCAACCCAAACUGUGAAGCUGCCGGGUGUUCUUGACGCGACAGGCGCACACACUGACUCGUAACCCUCGACCCACGGCAAGCCACCAACUCUGUUAGUCCCAUCUACUGUCUAACUGUGACCAAAGACAAGUUAUGGACCGUACCACUACAACCAGUAGGGGGAGCAGUGCACUUUCAGCUGGGAAACAUGAAAGUGCCUUUUUAAAUGGAAGGAGCUACCUUCAUUACACUUUUAGAAACAAACUGCUGAUAUGCAUUUGCAUUCAUGAAGGAUGUGUCAUAUGUAUGUCAUGUAUCUUUUAACAUUGCAACUUUUAUUUUGCAUUAUACCCUCUGCCGUGCAUAAAUAUGUUUGUGUUUAUGGUCUACUUUGAAUACCUGUUUCCUUAUCAGUCUCCGUGUGUAAUUGUCUUGUCUUCAGAAAUAUGCCCGUAUUAAGAGGAGUGAGAUUAGGUCUUAACAGUGUAAAUACCAACAUGGCAGUGAAUACCUGAUUUACUGUAACUGUAAUGCCUGUAGUUACAAUCAGUAGACAUUCCUUUUCACUAUUUUGGUCAAACACUCAAUGCCACUGUCUGUCACCGGUUUGCAAAUGAAUUUGCGUGUAUGCAGCAUAGAUAAUAUUCUAUGCCUCUUUUCAUUGUGGUCUGUGUGCUCAUGUGAUCAGGUUUUGGACCUUAAUAAUAAAUACGUUUUUAAGAGAUUAAUAUGGAAA